CAUGAAGCUGUUCUCUCUUUUAAUCAUAUAAACCACCUUUCCACCAAUCAUUAAUCGUCCUUUCUGCUAACUUUGCUAAGAGGCAUGUUUUUCCUUUAAAGUACUGAAAAAUAUGAAGAGACUAAGUGAUAUGCUAUGCUAUGACGAAAAUGGACUAAGUGCUAUGAACCUUUUCUGUAUUUAGUUUGAAUCAGUAGCAGAACAUAAAUAACUAAAUUAGCAAAUUAGACACGACAAAAUGUGCUAUGAACCUUUUUUGUUUCUGCAUCGUACCCUGGAAGUUGUUAAAAAAAAAAGACACGACAAAAAUGUGGAUGUUAGACAUGCACGUCACUUCUCUUUGCCCGUCACGUGUAUAAAUAAAGUCCUCGAAGGAUUUGUCAAGCCACAAUAGAAACCCUUUUCCUCAAGCCUGCCUUUACGUAUAACUUUUUAAAAUAAAAUUUGGUUAGAUACUUCUAAAAUUAUAGCUGGUCCAUGGAGGGUUCGUCCCAAGGGUUGAAAAAAGGUGCAUGGACUGCUGAAGAAGAUAAUCUCUUGAGGCAAUGCAUUGAUAAGUAUGGAGAAGGGAAAUGGCACCAAGUUCCUUUAAGAGCUGGUCUAAAUCGGUGCAGGAAGAGUUGUAGACUAAGAUGGUUGAACUAUUUGAAGCCAAGUAUCAAGAGAGGAAAACUCAACUCCGAUGAAGUUGAUCUUCUUAUUCGCCUUCAUAAGCUUUUAGGAAACAGGUGGUCUUUAAUUGCUGGUAGAUUACCCGGUCGGACCGCCAAUGACGUCAAAAAUUACUGGAACACCCAUUUGAGUAAGAAACAUGAACCGGGUUGUAAGACCCAGAUGAAAAAGAGAAACAUUCCUUGCUCUUAUACCACACCAGCCCAAAAAAUCGACGUUUUCAAACCUCGACCUCGAUCCUUCACCGUUAACAGCGGCUGCAGCCAUAAUAAUGGCAUGCCAGAAGCUGACAUUGUUCCUCUAUGCCUUGGACACAACGAUACUAAUAAUGUUUCUGAAAAUAUAAUCACAUGUAACAAAGAUGAUGAUAAAUCUGAGCUUGUUAGUCAUUUAAUGGAUGGUCAGAAUAGGUGGUGGGAAAGUUUGCUAGAUGAGAGCCAAGAUCCAGCUGCGCUCUUUCCAGAAACUACAGCAAUAAAAAAGGGCGCAACCUCCGCGUUUGACGUUGAGCAACUUUGGAGCCUGUUGGAUGGAGAAACUGGAACUUGAUUAGUGUUUCCACUGUUUGUUUGUGCUUGUGCGUGACAUUGUGACUUUUGCAUUUACUGUGUAUUGUUUCUAAAUAAACCAAUUAACUUAUGUUUCUGACA